ACGAGGACCGGCGGUCGGUGAGCGCUGUGGACUACUACUUCAUCCAGGAGGACGGGAGCCGCUUCAAGGUGGCCCUGCCCUACAAGCCCUACUUCUACAUCGCCACUCACAAGGGCUGUGAGCGAGAAGUGUCCUCCUUCCUCUCCAAGAAGUUCCAAGGGAAGAUUGCAAAGCUGGAAACUGUCCCCAAAGAAGACUUAGACCUGCCGAACCACUUGGUGGGCCUGAAGAGGAACUACAUCAAGCUGUCCUUCAACACGGUGGACGACCUGGUGAGGGUGCGGAAGGAGAUCUCUCCUGCUGUGAGGAAGAACAGAGAGCGGGACCACGCGGGCGACGUCUACACGGCCAUGCUGUCGAGUGUCCUGAGUGGAGGCAGCCUGAGCACGGAUGAGGAAGGGGCCUCCCGGAAGGUGGCCAGCCAGCUGGACAACAUCGUGGACAUGCGGGAGUACGACGUCCCCUACCAUGUUCGCCUCUCCAUUGACCUGAAGAUCCACGUGGCUCACUGGUACCACGUGCGGUACCGGGGCAGCACCUGCCCCCCUGAGAUCAGCCGCCGAGACGACCUCGAUCCUGUCGUUCUUGCCUUUGACAUUGAAACUACCAAACUCCCUUUGAAGUUCCCUGACGCAGAGACAGACCAGAUCAUGAUGAUCUCCUACAUGAUUGAUGGGCAGGGCUACCUGAUCACAAACAGGGAGAUUGUCUCUGAGGACAUCGAAGACUUUGAGUUUACUCCCAAGCCCGAGUACGAGGGCCCCUUUUGUGUCUUUAAUGAACCAGAUGAAGCUCAUUUAAUCCAGAGGUGGUUUGAACAUGUCCAGGAGACCAAACCCACCAUCAUUGUCACGUACAAUGGAGACUUCUUUGACUGGCCCUUUGUGGAAGCGAGAGCAGCAGCUCACGGACUGGACAUGUACCAGGAAAUCGGCUUUCAGAAGGACAGUCAGGGAGAGUACAAAGCAUCCCAGUGCAUCCACAUGGACUGUCUGAGGUGGGUGAAGAGAGACAGUUACCUCCCAGUGGGAAGUCACAACCUGAAAGCAGCAGCUAAAGCAAAACUGGGUUAUGACCCAGUGGAGCUGGACCCUGAAGAGAUGUGCCGGAUGGCCACGGAGGAGCCCCAGACCCUGGCCACCUAUUCAGUGUCAGAUGCCGUUGCCACCUACUACAUGUACAUGAAGUACGUGCACCCUUUCAUCUUCGCCCUGUGCACCAUCAUUCCCAUGGAGCCUGAUGAGGUGUUACGGAAGGGCUCUGGGACACUCUGUGAGGCACUGCUGAUGGUUCAGGCCUAUCACGCCAACAUCAUCUUCCCCAACAAGCAGGAGCAGGAGUUCAACAAACUGACAGAGGAUGGGCACGUGCUGGACUCGGAGACGUACGUGGGGGGCCACGUGGAGGCCCUGGAGUCGGGGGUCUUCCGCAGCGACAUCCCCUGCCGCUUCAGGAUG